AUGGCGUACGAAGAACCUAUGCACUGUAUGCUGAACAAAUGGUUGCUACUGAGCAACCCCGAUGAUCCGAUGGCUGGCGCAAAAGGAUAUCUUAAAAUUUCUAUCGUUAUUCUAGGUCCAGGAGAUGAGGCACCGAGCAUGAAGGCUGUAGACUCAGAGGCUGAUGAAGACAUCGAAGCGAACUUAAUGCGUCCUGCUGGAGUGCAACUUCGACCCGCACUUUUCACAAUUCGACUGUUUUUGGGAGAGGAUCUGCCCCGAAUGGACCCCGAAAACUUUAAAGCACUAAAAAAUCUGGUGUCUAAAACCGAUGACGACAAAUAUGUCGAUCCAUACAUGGUGCUGAGUUUUGCUGGUAAAACUCUCAAAUCUUCCAUUAAGUACGGAACAGACCACCCGGAAUGGUACGAGGCGUUGACAAUGAAUAUACAAUUCCCUUCCAUGUGCGAAAGACUUCGAUUAUCAUUUUUCGACUGGGACCGUGCGUCCAAAGACGACCCUAUUGGUUCCACCUGGAUCAACCUGACCGAAACGGCUGCUCAAGGUGAUGAGGGUGAGUUAGAUUAUUGCCAUCGCUUAGGAAAACUUGGUUGA